CGCUCCGCCCGGCGGGCAUUGAACCCGCACCCGAGAAGCGCCGCCCCCGCUCCCGCCUCGCCCCGCCCCGCCCGCUCCGCUCCGCUCAGGCCGCGCCAACGCUGACGCCCCCCGGCACCCGCCGUCAUGCCCCUGGCCGCGCCGCCCGCGCUCCUGCUGCCGCUGCUGGGGCUCGCCGCUGCUGCCGUCGCGGACUGUCCUUCAUCUACUUGGAUUCAGUUCCAAGACAAUUGCUACAUUUUUCUCCAAGAAGCCAUCAAAGUAGAAAGCAUAGAGGAUGUCAGAAAUCAGUGUACUGACCAUGGAGCGGACAUGAUAAGCAUACAUAAUGAAGAAGAAAAUGCUUUUAUAUUGGAUACUUUGAAAAAGCAAUGGAAAGGCUCAGAUGAUAUCCUACUAGGCAUGUUUUAUGACACAGAUGAUGCGAGUUUCAAGUGGUUUGAUAAUUCAAAUAUGACAUUUGAUAAGUGGACAGACCAAGAUGAUGGGGAGGAUUUAAUUGACACCUGUGCUUUUCUGCACAUCAAGACAGGUGAAUGGAAAAAAGGAAAUUGUGAAGUUUCUUUUGUGGAAGGAACACUAUGCAAAACAGCUAUUCCAUACAAAAGGAAAUAUUUAUCAGAUAACCAUAUUUUAAUAUCAGCUUUGGUGAUUGCUAGCAUAGUAAUUUUGACAAUUUUGGGAGCAAUCAUUUGGUUCCUGUACAAAAAACAUUCUGAUUCUCGUUUCACCACAGUUUUUUCAACCGCACCCCAAUCACCUUAUAACGAAGACUGUGUUUUGGUAGUUGGAGAAGAAAAUGAAUAUCCUGUUCAAUUUGAGUAAGUUUUUGGUAAUCUUGCACUAAGACAUCAACAAAAUGCCCUGGCAGAGAUUCUUGGGAAAAAUUUUAAUAUAAAACUUGACAUUGGAUAUUAGAGCUUUAAUGGUUUUCCUUAUUCCAGUAACAUUUUUAUGUAUUCAUGUUGUGAAAAGAAUCUUUAGGUUCAUUAAAAAAACAGGUUUUAGAAAUGAUCUUAGAUCUAAUAUAGUGAUUUUAAGCAUCCCGUCAAAUGCAGAAUCUGUCACUUGAAUGAAGGAAAGCUUAAAGCCCAAGAAGCAGAUAAAAAUAAAAGCUCAGCCUAUUUAUCUUGCCUGCUGUAUCUUCCCUUCUAGUUGACCACAUACGUUUAUUAGUAAACAUGAAAUGGGGAAUAAGUGAUUUUAAGUACAUUCCAUACAUUUAAGUAUCUUUGAUAAUUGUUUCUUUGGCAGAUAAUUCCUCUAGAAUGUGUAUUUCCUUUUAUGAUUUAGAUGAAGAAAAUUUUACAACUUUUAACACCCCACACCACAUAAUUUUAGUUUCAUUACACACACCAUUUUAUCACAAAUGACUCAAGUUUUAAUUAAUGUUUAUAAGUCUUUUGAAACAAAAUAUGAUCGCUGUCUCCAGGAUGGCAUGGAGAAAGCUGGCAAUUAGGUUAACACUUAUAUAUCCUAGUGCCCCUUUAAGGAUUUCUUUCUUGCCACCGUACCUUUUGUACCUUCCCCUGUACAAAGUAUUUCAUUCUCCUCAAGCAUUUAUAAAUUUUUCCUUCAACGACAUGAAAACUCUGUAAACAAAAACCGAAGAAAAACACUAAGUACAACUGUAGUGACAAUGAUCAGUUUUCAGUGCAUUUAUUGUACAUUUUAAGAAAAAGGUGAAAAUCAUUUGGGGAGUAAAAAAAUGAAAAAGCUGAAAUGAGUGUUUUCCUCACCAUCAAUAAAUCAAAAACAGGAAAGAUAGAAUGUAUAAAUUUCACAUAAAUUAAUCAUGUAUCACUUAUCAAUGGGGAUACGUUCUAAGAAAUGCAUAGUUAGGGAAUCUUCUUGUGUGAAAAUCAGCUUGUACUUACACAAACCCAGAUGGUAUGGCCUAUUUUGUUCCAAACCUACACAGCAUGUUACUGUGCCGAAUACUGCAGACAACUGUAACACAACGGUAUUUGUGUAUCUAAAUAUAGAAAAGGCACAGUAAAAAUAUGGUCUACUAAGGGAACACUGUUCUAUAUGUGAUCCAUUACUGACUGAAGUAUAUUGUCUAUAUUUAGUAAGUCUGAAGCUCAAAGAAAAGUAAUCCCUCUCCUGAAUCCACACCCCAUCAAUUAUCUUACUUUCUUAUGGGGAGAUACACUAUCUCACUAGCUUGACUAAUGGCAACAAAGUCCCAGCUUUUGUAAUCUUUUUAUUGACCACAUGAAUCGAAAACACUCAUCACAAUUAACGGCACUAUCAUUAAUGAGACAUAAGUAACUAAAAAGUGACACAAAACUAUUAACAGUGUGGCUAUGUAGUACUGAAAAUGCAGGCAUUACACCAGCUGUUACAUAAGCACAAGCAUGCUCUGUAAGAGCUUUACAUUUCUGAGAUGUGGUGUAGUGUUUGAGAUGUCUAUUUUAUUAUUGAUAGACUAUUACUAAUGUCAAUACUGAACACUACCUUGGAAUUCCUCCCUGGUUUUCCUAUCCGAAUUGUACCACUCCUUGAAGAACUACAGGCAAAGUAAAAUUAUGGCGUAUUAUAUCAACUAAGAGUUCUAAAGGAGUUCUUAAAGGAGUGGUAGAAUUUGGGUAGGAAAGUGAUUAAGUCCAACUUAAAACCAACACUCUCAAACAUCUAGAACUACAAUGUCCAAUGAGCCACUAACCACAUGAGGCUAUUUAAGUAAAUUAAGUAUAGUUUAAAAUCCAGUUUCCCAAUUACAUUAGCCACAUUGUCAAGUGUUCAAAUCACAGGUGGUUAGUGGCUACCAUACUGGGCAACAUACAUCAUAGAACAUUUUCAUUAUAGCAAGCUUUAUUGGGCAGUGCUGCUCUUAAAUCCUACCUUCCACUCAACUCCCAUACAACUUUCUUUUGUAUGUUUUGAUACUUUCUACCUAAUGGCAACUCUUCCAAAACAGCUGUUUUAAACUCUGAUUUAAUUUUCAAUAUUUGGUUUCAUGGCCUCUGGUAAUGAAGUGCUAUAUACAUAUAUGAUGAGUCUCGCUGUGUCGCCCAGGUUAGAGUGCAGUGGCUCAAUCUUGGCUCACUCCAGUCUCCGCCUUGCAGGUUUUCAAGCGAUUCUCCUGCCUCAGUCCCCUUAGUAGCUGGGACCACAGACAUCUGUCACCACACCUGGCUUUUUGUAUUUUUGGUAGAGACAGGGUUUCACCAUAUUGGCUGGGCUGGUCUCAAGUGAUCCACCCACCUUGGUCUCCCAAAGUGCUGGGAGUACAUGCGUGAGCCACCACGCUCGGCCUACAUUUUAAUUUUCUUUAUAUACCAGAACAUCUAUAACAGGCCCCUUAUCUACUCAUUAGUCAAGAGAUAAUUGGAUUACACACGCAGGCUUGUUUACUACAUUCAGAAUGUAGAAACUGCUUUCUUCAACAUCUUGGUUUUAGCUAGUAAUAACAAUUUAAUCCUUUGGCAGAUAUUUAGAGUAACAUUUUAAACUGCAUUUUCUUAGAAAAUUGCAUUCUUUGUAGUGAGCAGUGUAUGGUCUCUUUUGUUCAGAAUUUAAAACUGAUAACCAAUGAAAGCCUUUUCUCUAAUUCCUCUACUGUCAUUUACAUGAUAAUCUGAAGCUAAUAUGACAAUAUUUAAAUACUAAGUGGUACUAGGGAACUAAAAGAAUACUGUAAAGCUUAAGCCAUUGUUAUCACUGUCAUUUAGCAUUUAAUGACAAAACUAUACAGAAUUAUCUUAUAUGCAUACCAAUCAAUGUUUUGUACCAUUUAGUUAAAAUUUUUAAAUAAAGUUUUAUGGGUUAAGCAGAACAUAAUUGUCAUACUGAAUUUUAUUAAAAGUAUAUAUACUUCAAAUUCAAAGCAUCCCUAAGGACCCACAGAAUAUAUUAAAACUACCACCCUAAAAUUUUAUAUUUUUGCUUUAAGACAGACAAUGCAAAGAUAACUGGCAAGAGGUGAGCAAUAUUUUAGAACAUUUAUAUUACUGCUUAAAAUGAGAUUUGCAAUUUUAAUAAAAUUAUUGGUUAUGAAGUUUGAUGUCUUCUUUGAGCACCAGUUUAAAAGGAAACAUUUCAAACUGUAAAAUAAAUCAGUGUGCACUUUAUUUCGAGCCAAUGUUUUACAUAAGACCAACAAACUAAGUGUGGGCAAAUUGUUCAUUCACUUGAGAAAUUACAUGGUUCCAUUUAGGUUUGAAAAAGUAGUUUGUUGCCAUAACAUCAGACCUUAAGGUGUUUUAAAGUGUAUCCUAAGGGUAUUGACAGAAGAAAAAUACAGUGUUGUGGAAGUAUACACAACUCAUGACCACAGUAUAGAUCCAUUCGUGGUAAAUAAUGUUCAUCUGUUCUCCAAAGGUAGUGAAAAAUAUUAAGUCAUCAAAUAAAUGCUCAGAAUUACCAAGGAACAGUUAGAAACGACCAGGAUCCAAACAGGUUAUUUAUAUAUUUAUCUAUAAAGAAGUGACAACACUAAAAAACACAUUGAAAACCAGUGUUUUAAACUCUGAAUGUGGGAUUUAAAAAUAUUCCAUUAACUUAAGACUGCAAUAAUUUUUUUUUAAACCAAAUAGCAUUUGACUGGCAAGUCUCAUAUAAUUUAGAGCUGUAAUAUUCCUAAAAGGAAUAUCUACAUACUAUAGCCUAUCAAAUAUAAUCUGCAUUCUGCAAAUCAAUACAAAAAUCUAUCCAUCAUUUAUACAUUUUAUAUUUAUAUACUUUUUAAAAAUUAGAUUUUAUUGCUAAGUGAAUUUGGAAUUCAAAUUAAAUUUGGAAACCUAAUAUAAUGCUCUUCUCAUAACCUCCCCAUUCUUUUUUAAAUUUUUAAACACUGGAAGCAAAUGAUUAUCAAAAUGAGACUGCAACUUAAGGCAUUUUAAAAGAAAAAAUAAUUAGGUGCCAUAUAGCAUUUUAUUUCAAAAGUAUAUUUUGUCCCACUUUUCUCACUAGCAAGAGUAAAACACAAACCUUUUUUCAUAAAUAAGACUACAGUAAUCAGAACACAAAAAAAGGGUUGAUAGGCAUUGCUUAUUUAAAACAAGGGUAAUACUUCCCCACUUA